GUUGUGAACUGUCAAAAUCGAAGUAAAGUUUUAGUUUGAAGAGUGAACAUGUGUUUACUUUUAUUUAUUUGCUUCCAAUAAUACUGGAAAUAAUACAUUUCUUAUUUAAACAUUUUAAAAUCGCAAUAAAAGUAUGCAUUAUUUUAUUAAACCUGCGAAACUGUUCAAUUGGUUUCAGUUUUCGUUAGCAGUUUUAAUUGGAAGAAAUGAACCUCUUUCUGAAAGAUGAUCACAAGCUCAAAGGAAAAAAGGCUGUGCUUGAAUUGGAUCGGUUCAAACGACGUUUGAUCCUUUCUGUGGGUCGUCUGUUGGUGCGUGACAAGAAACCGGAACAAGAAGUAUGGGAAAUUUUGAAGAGAGACACCGGCUGCAACUGCAAGCUGCUAUGGUCGCGUAUGCGAGCGUUGACAUUGAAGAAGCUGGAGCGUCACUUGAUAGCGGAGGAUCAUGUCGACCGCGUACCAAGCAGAGCCAGGAUGAACAUCAUAGACUGGAUGAUGGUAGACCACGUGCUUGUCCAUCAGGACCUCGACUUCAUUGGACAGGAAUUAAAUUUACCUGAAAACUUUUCGGCUUUCGAUGAGCUGUUCAGCCUCGUUAAUAUGUUCGAGAUUGAAGGGCUAAAGGGUGAGGCCCUGGCUGAGGCGUGGUCAUCAGCUACUCUGCAUUAUAAUACCAAUGGCCACCAAUGCUCCCCGUUGUUGCUGCAGAAGCGAUGGUAUCAGAUCAAGGCCAUCACGAGAAGUAAAUUCUAUAACUUCUGGUACGCCUACAAAGGGUGCAUCAAGCGGUUGCACGUCGCUGAUCCAUACAAACCUACACCGUUGGAACAUGCCAUUGCUAGGAAGUACAAAAGUUUGAUAACAAGUCCACACCUUAGCUGGGAAGAGCUAAUAGAGCAGAGAUUAGUUACGUUACCUGACGAGUUUGAAAGGAAAAUGAUGGAACGUGCAGGUUUUUCUAUGCAUUUGCGGAGGGCCUCGUAUGACGACGCAUCAGAUUUAGUGCUGGUAGAACCUAAAAUAGAAACAAUAGACCUCAGACAGGAAUCUGAUGAGGCACGAGGUGAAAGUAAGAAGGAGGAAACCACCUUACCACGAAUGGUAAGAGUUAAGCAAGAACCACUAGACCCUGACUUAGAGCCUGAACCUCGAGUGGAAGUACCAAAAAAAUCAAUAUACGAAGAAGUCCUAGAAUCAACGCUGAAAGAGAAUCAAGUAAUAGAUGCAAUGCUUACUAAAGGAUACUUCGAUGCUUACACUGAGAAAAGUGAUGAGAUAGAGGCAGUGGAUUUAGAAGAAAAACAAGAAAUGAUGAUGCCUCAAAUAACUUGUGUUUUCAGUAAUGUUAGUGAAGGUAAUCUUGAUAUGUACAGUGGUACGGAUAAGAAUACUCUACCUACAGAUGAAGACAUUAAUAAAGAUAUAGCUAAACUUGACGAUACAGCUACAGUUACAACAGAAGGUGAUGUUGAACCUGUCACAGUUGAUAAUGAAACUCCUACAGUUGAUGUUGAUGGUCAAGUUAAAACUGUUGAGGAAGAAAAUGGUGUAAUUCAACUUGAUAAAAGUGACAAAGACUGUAAUGUUCCCAAAGGUGACAAUGUACCUGAAAAAGUUGAUAAAGUAACUGAUAUAGUUAAAAUUUACAGUAAAACUGUGACAGUACAAAACGACAACGAUACAGUUGAAUUUGAUAAAGAUAAUCUUACUAGUACACCUAUAAGUAACGACGAAACGAAUGUACCAGAACUAGUUGAAGAAGAAAAUACUCAAAACAAAAAUAAUAAAGUCUUUGAAGAUCAAACAACAGAUGUAGUAGCUCCAAUAAGAAGUCACAAUGAAACCAUUAAUAAGAACUCUAUGCUCAAAACAAUUCUAGAUCAGACUGAAAAGGAAAUUGAGAAUGACGUAGAAGUUAUAGAAGAUGUAGGAAGUAUGAAGCCUGUUGUAAUUACUGAUUCCGAAGACGAACCUCACAGUGAUCCUAUAGAAAAACCGAUGGACACUACACUUGAUGACAAUCCAGAACAUGCAAUGGAAAUAACUGAAGACACAACUGCUAAGGUUACAGAAGAUGAUGAAGCUAUGAAUGAAGAAGAUAGUAAAGCUAAUGUUAAAAUUGAUGCAUUAAAGUUCUCGUUUGGAGAGCUUCCUCAGGAAUUUAGUUUCGUUGAUGAUGGCAUUGAGUUGGCUGAUGAUGGAAUCGCGUUUGAUGACUACGAUGAUCAUAUUGAAAUCAAAACUGAGCCUGAAACGGAAGAGCCGAAAAUAGAUCCAAAGCUACUGAUGGUCCCCGUCGUGUACGUCACAAGGUUAGACGAUUUAAAUAUAUGUCGUAACGAACCUUUAGAUCAGAUCCGAAAUAAAGAUCUAAUAGAUGCUGUCAUCAUUAAUAAUCUACCAAUCAAACAAGAAAAGAUCUGUAAACAAGAAGUAGAAGACAUAAUCGAAGAUACACCAAUCACACCAGCUGAUGAUAAUGUCGAAAGUAUGUCUACUGAUGAAGAUUCCAAUGAUAGCGUGAUACCGGAAAACGUAAAAGUCAAACCGACCAGCUAUUUGUUACAGAAGCCACGCAGUCGCAGCUACAAUCCUAUACAACUUUGUAAAAACCCAGAUUUCAAUACACGAUUAAAAAGAUUGACCGUAGGAUUCUUCAAAUCACAUCGUAACCGAGCACUAAUCAAACAUUGUAAACCCUUAACAAUCGAUAUGUCUAAAGCAUUCGAAACGAAACUUAUUAACGGCACUUUAUACCUCAAACCCGAGUCCACAGACGAUAAGCUUGCAAUUGAAAUAACCGAUGACUCAGAAAUCGUUCAAAACGCUUCAGUAGUUCCCUCGGCUAUGAUCGCUCAAAGUCUUAUAGACAAUACGAAAACAACUGAUAUUUUACCCCUAAUACGUGAAGUAGAAAUGCCACCGAAACCUGCAGAACAUGAGAGAAAUACAAGAAUUAAUCUGCCAGACAUAUCAGAGAUUCGUCGAAUUAACCAACGUCUUCUCACUGCAGAAAUAACACCAAUACAAAUACAAAAUAAAACGUUCCAAGCACCCGUAACUCUUAUCUCAAAUGAGCCUGCUCGGAGUCCCGUUGUAACCAGUACUCCUACUGCAGACGUAACCGUGGUACACACAGCAGCGUCUGAAAAUCUUUCGGGUCACAUAAUUAACUCGCUACCUGAAUCAAGCACUCGCGGGCAGGUCGGUUUCCUAAGAGGUCAUGGACGCGGGUCCUAUAAUGGUAGAAAAGUGACACAGCCAAAACCCAAGUCGAGAGCUUUUAAAUCUUAUACGGCAAUAAGUUGGUUAUCAAAGUCUAAUGAUCCAGUUCUCAUUAGCAAGGAACAAGAAACCACACUCUUAACUCUGGAUACCCUAAACAAAAUGUUAAAUAUAUUAGGUGACAAAGAUUUACCGAACGAAACACAGAAGAAACAGAAGGGUGAUAAAAAUGAAAAGAAAAUGGAUAAAGGCAAUCAGAUGGCAAAUAAUGAAACACAAGCUGAAAAUAAAAUUGAUACGGGUGUCUCUAAGCUCCGAAUUAAUGUCAGAUCUGCGGAGAAUGGCCCGCGUGCAUUUAAACCAAGGAAGAAACGGGAACAAGAUACAGCAGCCACAACGGAUUCAACCAACGGACAGGCACAACCAAAAAAACGCCUGCACUGUUGCUGGAGUCGACAACGAAUGUUACAGUUACUUUUUUCUAAGAAAAGCAUACCGGAGCACGAUUGCCACGAGGGUAAUUGUAUUUGCUGCUGUCGUCAGUUGUUGUGGUGUUAUAUAGCGCAAGAAAGGAGAUUACAAUCGGCACAAAAGCUUGCUUCAGCGUGUGCCGAAACGGCUAGUGCUUGUAAAAACCUUAAUAAAGACGAUUCCCGGAACGAAGACAAAAUGGUAGGUCCAGCGGUAACUAAAGUUUCAGCUUCACAAGUUAAUCUACCACUUGUUCCAAAAGUUACAAUUGAUGGUGGUGCUCAAACUGAGAUUCGUCCUCAUGUAAGUUCUGUAGGCUUGGGAAGUGAUGUAAAGGCAACGACAGUCAUGACAACUACACCAGUCGUACAAAAUGUGUCAGCACCAGGGAAUCCGACGAUAACAGUACCGUUAGUUGAUACUUUAGUUAGGCCAAUGAUUGAAGCACAACCACUAUUUACAUCAGAUUUGAACUUGGCAUCUGAAAGUAUAAAAACAUAUACUAACUCAUUUGUUAAGACAUCCAAUCAGCCAAUACAAACAAAAUCUGGUAAACCAUUCAAACCACCGAAGUUUUUGAAAGAAAAGUUGAUAUUCCUAAACAGCAAGCAUAUUUCUGAAAAGCCUACAAAGAAUCCAAUAUAUUUAGGAAAGAAUAAAGUAUUGAUGACCACAGUCAAAUUUCCUUGGAACCUGAAAUUAUUUGAAGAAACUAAACAAGCUUUGGCACCUACAUUGAAGUUGCCGGCCGGAGUAAGCUUAGUAUGUCUACCUGACGGAACAGUAUCAUAUAGCAUAGAUAAUGUUCACGUAAAAGCAUUAGAUUUGGCAUUAAUGCCGUCUAUUAUAGCAACAGUACAAAUGCACAUGAACAAUGCCCUACUGCAACAGCAAUCGCAAUCCGAACAAAAUGUCCAGCCGACAGCUAAAUCAAAUGAAGUGAUUGAUCUAGUUGACGAUGAAGAUGAAGACCAUAAUAAAACAGAAAAGCAGCUUGACACAAAUAAUAGUACCGAUACUAAUGACAUUGGAAAUGUAAUGAAUUCGACUGAAACCACUUGUAUUCAGGAUAACGCACAAGUGAUAAGUCAGGAUGAAAUGCUCGUAUCAGAAGCACAAUUGGUUCAAACUGAUUUUAGCAGGACUGAUGCAUCACAAUCGCAAGAAGAAACAAUCGAAAUGGAGUCGACCCUGUCUGAUCCACCAAACUUUGCUUCAAAGUCUAAACUACAGCCCACGUUAAUUUCCACAGAGGAUCAAAUUAAACUUGUUCCUACAAAUCAGUCUGAAAGUAUAGAAGCUGUAAAAGAAUUACCAACACAGCCUGGACAACCUAAGGAAAAUGAAGCUAAAGCCGAGAAAGAAUUAUUAGUAGAGCAACGUACAGUACAAGCUCAACCUGACCCUUCAAGUCAGGUGAAGAGUAUAACAGUUACACAGGAAUUCAAUUCACCAACAAGUCCUGGACAACCAAAUCAAACUCAAGUCCAUGAAAGUAUACCAACUGAAGUACAAACCCAGCCUGACGUACUAAUCCAAAAACUACCAACAGAGAACACUGUAAAUCUUGAACAGAGCACACAUCGACCGAAGAAAACUAAAAACAUACUUUCGGACUUGAUGGAAAUGUCUGGUAUAUUUGAUGACGAUGUGGCACCAGCUCCUCAAGAAACGUUGCCUAUACCUGCUCAGCAAGAAACGUUGCCUGUACCUGCUCAACAAGAAACGUUGCCUACACCUGCACCUCCACCUCUAUCUAUACUUUCGCAAAUGGUUGGAUCUGUAGCACAACCUGUCAUCCAACCGGCGGCAAAGCUGCAGGGCACAAUACUGGGUCCCAUACCCAAUAAUUAUCUUUCUUGCCAACCUCUUAUAAAAACACCCCUUGGAGAUCUCUCCCCAAUUACGUCGCUCUAUGAACUAAAGUACGCUUGUGCGAAUAAAGGAAUAUUCUUUAAAUUAGAUUUUGAUACAGGAUAUCUCGUUCCCAUUAACGUUUGUCUAAAAGCACCUGUGAAACAACAAACUAAAGUGGUUACUGAAAAGGCAGUAAUCGAUCUAACGAGCGAAGGACAAUCGAAUCAACCGCAACCAAACCACAAGAGAAACAUAUCGUUGCUUUCACCCAGAAAAGGGUUACUUACACCUGCAACUGUUACAUCGGAACCUACCGAGGCGGGACCUAGUGUAGUUAAACCUUGUUCAUUGAUGAAAGUCAAAAUUCCUUCCAUAUUACGUCGGUUAAAUGCAGAUUAUAAAUGUCAAGAAAAUAUUAACACAUGGAUUAAGGAGCGUGGUCACAAGGUUCACAAGCAGAAACGGAAACAGCUUUUGCAACAGUACGACUUGAAUGACACCGGAUAUAAUAUUGUUCUACCUUCGUCUAAGAAGGCCACUAAGAGACACAAAAGUACCGACUCCCAGGAGCCGACUGCGUCAACGUCCCGUAUCCAGAAAGAUGAUGUAACCACUCUAUACGAUUCCUCAGAUGACGAACCUUUAUCUAAAGUAGCUAAAUUAAAAAGAGAAGAGGAGAAUAAGCGAACAACACGAAUUGUAAUCGAUUUGCCAACAGUGGAACAGGAGGAACAGCUAGAUGAUAAUAUGGAUGGUAAUAUACAUGAAAAUAUACCGGAAUUCGACCAAAGUCAUAGUUCUGAUGACGAUGAAGAAAAUUGUAUAUUAGGAGUUUGAAUAUUCUAUUUCGACUGGAUAAGAUCUGUACUGUAAUACAAUUUAAAUUCUGAGGCUUUUUAGAAUUAACUUAUUAAUUGUACCACACGAUGAUAGUAUCCAUAUUUCUUCAAAUAUUACUCACAACAUCUUUUACUAGAAACUUUUCAUCGGUAACUUUAGCAGCGCCGUUGUAAUAGGGAGCGAAUCCAUUGCCAAGUCGUGAGUGUGUUUAAAAGUGAGUUUUAAGUUAAAUAAUUAUUUUAUAAGUUUCGUGGCUGACCAGUAUGUGUAUGACAUGACUGUAGUUUUAAUACCUCUAACGUUACCUGUCAAAUCUCAGUAGGUACGUGUUUAAAUGAUAAUUUAACAAAGAGUUGUAAAUAUCUUAUUCAUAGGACGUAUUUUUAGAUUUCAUUUGUUUAAGUAGUAGAACGUAUGGUAUAUUAUGAAAAUGUAUAAUGCCUGGCACGAAUUAUGGCAAGAUUUGUAGAUAGCACAUUUUGUAUUUUUGUUUUCUUAUUAUUGGUCAUGUUAACUUUCAAAAUUAAUUCCUUUGCCUAUUCUAAAGUUAACUUUCAUUCAUACAUUCUUUUAUAAACAUAGUUAUAUGAAAAAUCAUUUAGUUAUGUAGGUAACGAGAAAUAAUGACACAAUGCGUCCCCCAUAACAAGAAAUCUAAUCAUGAUUCGUACCGGUGAUUAUAUGUUGAUACAGUAUUGUAUUGUAUAGUAAAACUAAGUGUAUCAAUUACAAAAAAACAAUCCAUUGCGAUCGAAUCCCGUGGAUUAUAACUGUGAUAUUAUUUAAGGAUUUUAAAAUAUUACGGGGAUGUUUUUCAAAUCUAAUAGAUAAGAUAGGUCUAGAAUUUGUGGGAUUCCCAUUUUUUUGUGUAAUUGGUGUUGGGAAUACUUGAGAAGAUUAGAAAUUUUAAUUUAAUUCAGAUAACAUACUCUGUAUUUCUAGCCAUUUAGCAUUAGGAUAUGGCUUGAUCCAUAAUCGUAUUAUUUUAUUUCAUGACAAUUAAGUUCAUCACAACAACCAGUAUCACAACCUUGCAUCUUAAUUUGCACAUCCAAUGUGUGAUCCACAAAUUGUUGUUUCGGGUCUGGGUGUCAUUGUGAAAGUGAACUUGUAUGUUUGUAAACGCACCCACGACACAGGAGAAAAUCCUAGUGUGGGAAACGUUUUUUCUAAAAAAUAGAAAAAAAAACAAUCUUGUUUUUAUUUUCUUCUUCAAACUUUGGCCCACUAGGACUUUCUUCUGUGUCGUGGAUUUAUGCAACUGCCUUCAAACCAACCAACUUUACGCCAACUGUCUUUAAAGGGAUAUAAUGGAUGUUUCGUUUUUUAAUUGCAAAUUGUGUGCAUGUCAUUUAAUUAAUAGAUACAUCAUUUUUAUAUAAUUAGCAAGUGUCAAUCUCUGUACUUAUAUUCAUUUCUUAAUUUGCUCAUUAUUUGAGAAUAAUGUUAAUAGGCGUUAUAUUCAGUUCCUUUUUUUUAAACUUGACAUUUAAGAAUUUUGAUAAAAUAGAGCAAAGUCAUUUUACCAGUAAGAAACAAAAUACAGUGGUAUUGUGGUAUUUUGUUUCUUUGUGCUAAUAAGUAAACAAAAUACAGUGGUAUUUUGUUUCUUUGGCUAGCGAGAUAUGCUGCCUACUACAUUCCAUAUACCUACCUUCUUAUUUAUAUUCUGUUCAUUCUAAUUAAGCAUGUAGAUUGUUGAUAAUAUUUUUAUUUGUGGAUAUUUGGAUUAAUGCCGAAAUAAAAUUAUGUGUUAAAAAUACUUAGGUACUUAUAGAAAAAAUAUUCUUUCAUCGACUUGAUUACAGAUAUUAUGUUUUCAUGAUGUAAUAUUAUGACUGUAUAUUUUUAUUAGUUGUAUUUUAUUCUUAUUUCGGUAGUUUUUAUAUCUAACUCAUCGUGUUUUCUAAUUGUAAGAAAUGUGAUGUUCAACCUCUUUUGUUACUGUAUAUUAAGUUCUUAUAUUUAAGUACCUAGUAAAAUCAGCAAAUUAUAGUGUGUCUAUAUAAAUAUUGGUUGAACAUCCUUUGGACUUAAAUCAGACUGGCAGGCCGGCUGGUUUAUUUGGAAACAAGUGUGACUUAGUGUUAAUAUUAUUAAAGAAUUUUAAACACUACUAAAGUAUCUAUUUUCUUUCUUAAACAUGUUAAAACCUAAAGGCCCAAUCAGCCUUUCCCCCAAAUCCGGCAACGCAGUUCUCGGGUGCUGCUAGUGCCCAUGAGCAGCGCUGAUUGCUUACCGUCAGCUUAUCCGUCUGCUCAAUUGCAAUGGAAUAGGGUUCCAUGAAAAGAUACGACACGUAUCUGGAUAGAUGAUCAAUUCCGCAAUGCUUACCCGAGGAUAAUAUUGACUUUUGGAAAGAGAAUUACCAUCAUAAUCUAUUCAAAUAAAUUUACUUGUAAGUACAAAACUUUUCCAUUCUCUUAUUGCACAUCGGCUUUUAGUAGAGAUAAUUUUAUGUGAUAAAAUUAGUCAUUUACUUGACUGCCUCCUUGGCCGAGUGGUCGCAAGUGCGACUGCCAGGCAAGGGGUCUCGGGUUCGAUUCCCGGGUCGGGCAAAGUAUUACUGGGUUUUAAAAAAAAUCUCAGUAGUAGCACGGAGUCUGGAAUGGUGUCCGGUAUAUGGCAAUAGGCUCACCCCCUAUUACAUUGGACUCAUAACAUAAAUAGUGAAAAGUGGGUGUUAUAUUAUACAGUGGCAUAAUGUGCACCUCUGCCUACCCCUUCGGAGAUAAAAGGCGUGAUGUUAUG